AUGACUCAUCCGUUGCACCGCCCAAGCGAUGAGCGGAUGUUUACCAGGGUAGACACAUCUCUCAGUACACCACAUCGUGAACAUGAUAGAAUUACUGACAUUCUUGCUGAAGAAGGACGAGUACCACUUUCGCGCAUUGCCAUCGAAGCAAAUCGUAUAGGAGAGUUGGAAGAUACCAACACUGCCGUGAGUCCAGUCGUUUUCGCUCCUCCGUGUGAACGGCAGCCUGUGAUCUUUUUACGUCGAAUAAAUGCUGAACGGAAUGAGAUGGAGGCGGGCGUAAGUGAUGAUUUCUUCGAACUCAGCGUUGAUGACGUUAAAGCUCGACAAAAGCAACUUCGUGACGAUGUCCGCCUCAACACUCAGCGCGCUCUUGUGCCUACACAGUAUGUGAAAGAAAAGAAUAGAGAAAGGAAGUUGGCUGCCUAUCGCCAUACAGUCAUCAGGAUACCCGUCGGCAACGACAGAUUGAUCCAGGCGCAAUUUCAAAGUGCCGAACCGGUUUCACGGCUUUUUGAAUGGAUUCGUUCUAUCAUAUCUCGUGAUGUACCGUUUUCGUUAAAACUUGCGCUAGUCUAUAAGAUCGAAGAGUCUACUUCGAAGAACUUUGUUGAUGCGGACUUGGCGCCCAAAUCCACCGUGGUAAUCAGAUUCAAGGACUCGGUGAUCUUCGGUACAUACCUUUUUGAAACCUCUGUCAAUGUCACCGAGACUAUUUUGUUACGAGACUCAUUUCGAGAAUGUACUCAAGAUGAAGCGGACAAGCUGUGCUCCACCUGGCUGUCAGAAAACACUAUAUUCAAGCCAUAUACAGCAAUAAUAGAGGAGGAAGAGCGCACGGCGAAGAGACCCAAUGAUACAAUGACUUCUGCAUCUUCAGAGUUUCACCCACCUCCUCAUAAAGCAAAUUCAGCCCCAAGAUGGCUCAAGAAAAAGUGA